CCAAAGCCAGAAGUUACUCAUUAAACACCAGAGAUACUGCGCCCUGGGAAAACCAUUAUAAACUUCCUCUGUGGGAGGACUGAACUCUUAAUGCAACACAGACCAACACCUCACGAAAAUGGGCAAUCAUCAUAGCCAGUCUUACUCCCUCUCAGAAUGCAGUCAAGAGUUGCCCAAAGGGGACACCCAACCCUCGGCAGCCGUGAAACCUGUCAGCCACCCAUCAGGGACUGGAAACCCAGAGGCCCCAAAGCCCGCCAAAGAGAGAAGUCUUCAGGGUUUCGAUGUGGAUCGAGAUGCCAAAACGCUGUACAAAGCCUGCAAAGGAAUGGGAACAAAUGAAGCCCCCAUCAUUGAAAUCUUAGCAAACAGGACCUCGAACCAGAGGCAGCAAAUAAAGCAGAAGUACAAGGCAAAGUAUGGCAAGGACCUGGAAGACGUACUCAAGGGUGAGCUGAGUGGAAACUUUGAGAAGACAGCCUUGGCUCUUCUGGAAAGGCCCAGUGAAUAUGCCGCCCGACAACUGCAGAAGGCUAUGAAGGGUCUGGGCACAGACGAGGCUGUGCUCAUCGAGAUCCUGUGCACAAGCACCAAUAAGGAAAUCGGUGCCAUCAAAGAGGCUUACCAAAGGUUAUUUGACAGAAGCCUUGAAUCAGAUGUCAAAGGUGACGUAAGUGGCAACCUAAAGAAGAUUCUGGUGUCCCUGUUGCAGGCGAAUCGUGAUGAGGGAGAUGAAGUGGACAAGGAUCUGGCUGGUCGGGAUGCCAAAGAUCUGUAUGAUGCAGGGGAAGGCCGCUGGGGUACUGAUGAGCUUGCCUUCAAUGAAGUCCUGGCCAAUAGGAACUACAAGCAGUUACAAGCCACCUUUCAAGCCUAUCAGAUUCUCAUCGGCAAAGACAUAGAAGAAUCCAUUAAAGAAGAAACAUCAGGAGACUUGCAGAAGGCCUACUUAACCCUGGUGAGAUGCGCUCAGGACCUGGAUGGCUAUUUGGCCGACUGUCUGUAUAAGUCCAUGAAAGGUGCAGGGACCGAUGAGGAAACGUUAAUCCGCAUCUUGGUGACCAGGGAUAAGGUGAACCUACAGGGCAUAAAGGCCAAGUUCCAGGAGAAAUAUCAGAAGUCUCUCUCUGACAUGGUUCGCUCGGACACCUCUGGGGAUUUCCAGAAAUUGCUGCUGGCCCUCUUGCACUGAACCAAGCCAGAGCAUUAGGAGGAACACAGGGAGAAACUACCUUUAUCAAGAGCACAUUCCGAAUCAAGCUUGAAAACGGGACCAUGGCACCAAAACCCCUCAAGUCCUGGUUUGUUUUCUUGGCAUCUUAAGCAGCUGAAAGGCCAAAGCUAUUUACAUUAAGAGCAACAGCCUCAAGACACUUGGACGGGACACCUUGAAUGCUGGCUUAGCCUGUAUCUAGGUUACCCCCUAACCUUCCUUUAACAUGGUAACUGAAAGCUUUCCAAGCACAAAUAAAAUCAGCAGUUGAUAAUAAUAAUAAUAAUAAUAAUAAUAAUAAAAUAUGGAAACCCUAUGCAUUUGUAAUAAAAUGUUAAGAAUACCUA